AUGAGAAAUUUUCAAAAGGGUUAUUUAGAGCUUAAUUAAAUAUGGCUUAGUAGACAGUAAUUAUUUUAAUAAAUUCAGAGAAUAUGAAGCACAUUAAAAAAGAAUGGUAUAAUAACGAAAACUUACACCACCUAGAGAUUCAAGAAUCUAUGAAUAAGUUAAGAAAACUUAGUUUUUAAAUAAUAGAAAAAGGGAGCUUAUGAAAUGGCAAACUAUUUAGGAAUAAAAUAAUUAAAUUUUAGCAAGGUUAGUAAAAAUUAGUAAUCGGUCUCCCACUGUAAUUAAUAGUAUAAUUUUGAUCUUUAGCCUCCCAGUUAAUGUGGAACACCAAGAGGAAGAAGAGAAUUGAAAGAACGAAAACUUAGAAUUGAAAGUGAGAAUUUAAGAUUACAUAAUAAAUUGAUAGGAAUGUAUGAUAUUUUAAUAAAUGUAAAGUUAAUCAGAUUUAAAAUAAGAGAAAUUUUAAGAAUCAUUUAUGAAACAUAAAAAAAUAUAAAAAAAUAUGUAAAGAUUUUAUUUUGACCCAAAUUUACAUAAAAUAAAGUUAAGAGUUGAUGCAUUUUUAGAUAAUGUGAAUACCCAAAGAAUGAAUGAAAGAUCUAAAAGUCAAUAUUAAAAUUCUAAAUCAUCUAAAUUUGAUUAUUCUCCUUUCAAAAAAUUAUAAAAAGUAAAUUAAUAAUUUUUAAUUUAGGGAGUGAUCUUAUAAAAGCUUUGA